AUUUUUUGGUACCAGUUCGGUUUUACUAAACCGGAAAUCACUUAUGAAUACCGAAAGCCCAUAAUUAACCAAAUGGGAGAUGAAAACGCGAUGAUCAGGAGACAAACGAACGACCGAACCACCAAUCGCCGUCGUCCCAAACUAUGGCACAACUGCAAAAAUUUCCGAACUUUGAAGCAAAUUCACGCUUUUAUGGUUGUGAAUGGUCUCAUGUCUAAUCUUUCUGUUGUUGGUGAGCUGAUUUACUCAGCUUCUUUGUCGGUUCCGGGUGCGCUUAAGUAUGCCCACAAGUUGUUCGACGAAAUUCCUAAACUAGACGUAUCUAUUUGUAACCAUGUGUUGCGCGGCUCUGCUCAGAGCUUGAAACCUGAAAAAACGGUUUCUUUGUAUACUGAGAUGGAGAAACGAGGUGUGUCGCCUGAUAGGUAUACGUUUACGUUUGUUCUCAAGGCGUGUUCGAAGCUUGAGUGGAGAAGUAAUGGUUUUGCGAUUCAUGGGAAAGUUGUGAGACAUGGGUUUGUGUUGAAUGAUUAUGUUAAGAAUGCUUUGAUCCUUUUUCAUGCUAAUUGUGGAGAUUUGGGAAUUGCAAGCGAGCUUUUCGAUGAUUCUGCGAAAGCUCAUAAGGUUGCUUGGUCUUCUAUGACUUCUGGGGAGAUGGAUUCAGCAAGAGAGCUCUUUGAUAGGUUUACAGAGAAAGAUGUUGUGACUUGGAAUGCAAUGAUCUCUGGAUAUGUAAAUUGCGGGUACCCUAAAGAGGCGCUAGGUAUAUUCAAGGAGAUGAGGGAUGCUGGUGAACACCCAGAUGUUGUGACGAUACUCAGUUUGUUAUCUGCUUGUGCAGUUUUGGGAGAUUUGGAAACUGGGAAGAGACUUCAUAUCUACAUCUUGGAAACGGCUUCGGUUUCGAGCUCCAUAUAUGUGGGCACUCCUAUUUGGAAUGCUCUAAUUGACAUGUAUGCAAAGUGUGGAAGCAUAGAUAGAGCAAUUGAAGUGUUCAGAGGAAUGAAAGAUCGGGGCUUGUCAACUUGGAAUACUUUGAUAGUUGGUUUGGCUUUGCAUCAUGCAGAGGGAUCAAUUGAAAUGUUUGAAGAAAUGCAAAGGUUGAAAGUCUGGCCAAAUGAGGUGACUUUCAUUGGAGUUAUAUUAGCUUGCAGCCACUCGGGGAGAGUUGAUGAAGGGCGUAAAUAUUUUAGCCUUAUGAGGGAUAUUUAUAAUAUUGAACCAAACAUAAAGCAUUAUGGUUGUAUGGUAGACAUGUUGGGACGAGCAGGGCUCUUAGAGGAAGCAUUCAUGUUUGUGGAGUCGAUGAAGAUCGAGCCUAACGCCAUUGUAUGGCGAACCCUUUUAGGUGCUUGUAAAAUUUAUGGGAAUGUCGAGUUAGGGAAGUAUGCAAAUGAGAAACUGCUCAGUAUGAGAAAGGACGAGAGUGGCGAUUAUGUGUUACUCUCCAACAUAUAUGCUUCCACAGGUCAGUGGGAUGGGGUGCAGAAAGUAAGGAAGAUGUUUGAUGAUACAAGAGUGAAAAAACCGACUGGAAUUAGCUUGAUCGGGGAAGAUGAUGACAAAUUGAUGAUGAGAUAUUUACUCUCGCCAGAACCCGAGUCAAAAUCAAGAAAACGGAUCAGUUAGGUAAAAAAAAACAACGCUUCAUUGGGGAACUAUGGACAGUAAGAUUAGAUUGGAUAACUCAAUGCAAACAUGAUAAAUUUGAUAGAUUCUUUCCUUUUUUGUUCUCUUGAGUUUUUUGAGUUCUCAACUUAGAACUCUGAGCACCACAUUUUAUAGGAAGUUUCGACAUCGAUGUUUACGCUCUAACUUCGAGAUGAUCCUUGGCAGAAUCAUUGUGUAACAUAUAGGUAACCUGUUAAUGUUAUAAACCUAGCAUUUUCCU